GCGGAGGGGGGGGUUGCUGGAAGACCGCAGGGAGAGUAUUGUCUCAAAGUCGGGACGCAGGGGGCAGCUGGAGGCUCUCUAGUUAGCGACCCUCGUCGGACCCCGUGUUUGGAGAGGCCCCGCCCUCACUGGUCUGAGCCAGGUGUUCGAAUCCUCCGUUUGUCCAGAACUGGAGUUCCAGUCCCACCUGCGUGAGGCGCCAAAGGACCAUUCCUGGGGCUCAUGGCGGCGCCGGUCCGCCUGGGCCGGAAACGCCCACUGCCAAUUUGCCCCAACCCGCUCUUUGUAAGCUGGCUGACCGAGUGGCGGGACGAGGCAGCCAGCAGGGGUCGCCGCACACAAUUCGUAUUUCAAAAGGCGCUGCGCUCACUCCGGCGUUACCCACUUCCCCUGCGCAGCGGCAAAGAAGCUAGGAUCCUACGGCAUUUCGGAGACGGGCUCUGCCGGAUGCUGGACCAGCGGCUGCAGCAGCACCUAUCAUCGGGCGGUGAUCAUGCCCCAGGUUCAUGUGGAGCAGAGAAUCCAACCCCGGAAGGGCCACCUGCGGAAGUCCCGGACUCUUCCCUGCCAGUUCCAUCCCAGCCCAAAGUGGGAAGCUCUAGCAGCUACUGGCCAGCUCAACACUCAGGAGCACGAGCAGUAUUGCUGCUGCUCUACAGAGAGCACCUGAAUCAUAGUGGCCAGAGCUUCCUAACCAAGGAGGAGCUGCUGCAGAGGUGUGCCCUGGAGGUUCCUGGGGUGGCCCCUGGGAGUGCUCGACCCUGGCCAGCCCUCCGUUCCCUCCUCCAUAGGAACCUGGUCUUCAGGACACACCAGCCAGCCAGGUACUCACUGACCCAGGAGGGUCUGGAGCUGGCCCAGAAGUUGGCUGAGUCAGAGGGCCUGAGCUCACUGAAUGUGCCCAUUUCACCAGAGGUGCCCUCUGGGGAGGAGCCCAAAGUGCCAGGAUCAGCCUCAGCUGAGCUUGGCGCCAGUGAAGGCAGUGUCCAGCAGUCACCACUGGAGCUGAGGUCUGGAGAAUACAGGGUACUGUUGUGUGUGGAUGUUGGCGAGGCCAAGGGGGCAGGGCACAGGCUAGAGCUGCUCCGCCAGCUGCAGCGGCUGCACGUGACCCACAUGGUGCGCAAACUGCAUGUUGGGGACUUCGUGUGGGUGGCACAGGAGACCAGGCCCAGAGACCCAGCAAAACCUGGGGAACUAGUUCUGGACCACAUCGUGGAGCGCAAGCGGCUGGAUGACCUGUGUAGCAGCAUCAUUGAUGGCCGCUUCCGGGAACAGAAGUUCCGGCUGAAGCGCUGCGGCCUAGGGCGCCUAGUAUACCUGGUAGAGGAGCAUGGCUCAGUGCACAACCUCAGCCUUCCUGAGAGCACACUACUGCAGGCUGUCACCAACACCCAGGUCAUUGAUGGCUUCUUCGUGAAGCGCACAGCAGACAUUAAGGAGUCAGCUGCCUACCUGGCCCUCUUGACACGGGGCCUGGAGAGACUCUACCAGGGCCAUACCCUGCGCAGUCGCCCUUGGGGAACCCCAGGCGACACUGAGUCAGGGGCUGAAUCCUCCCCAAAUCCUCUCUGCUCACUCCUCACCUUCAAUGACUUCAACGCAGGAGCCAUCAAAAACAAGGCGCAGUCUGUGAAGGAGGUUUUCGCCCGGCAGCUGAUGCAGGUGCGGGGAGUGAGUGGGGAGAAGGCAGCAGCCCUGGUGGAUCGGUACAGCACCCCCGCCAGCCUACUGGCCGCCUAUGAUGCCUGUGCCACCCCCAAGGAACAGGAGAUGCUGCUGAGCACUGUCAAGUGUGGACGACUACAGAGGAAUCUGGGGCCUGCUCUGAGUAGAACCUUGUCUCAGCUCUACUGCAGCUCUGGCCCCCUGACCUGAGCUGUACCACAGGACGGACCCCCAGCCCCCAUCUUUCCAGGCUAGCCAGCUUUUUGACCAGAAUCUUUUGGGCUACAAUAAAAAUCUAAGUGCUUACA